AUGUCCAGUCCGGCGAAAAAGCGCAAGCGAAAUGGCGUUGAUACAUCACCGCAGAAGACACGGAGUAUUGAGUCCUUCUUCAAGGGGCCAGCAGCCCAACAGCCCAAACAGUCAGAACCUCAGCCGGAGGUGACUGAACAGACACUCUCAGACGAAGCAUUGGCACGCAAGCUCCAAGAAGAAUGGAACCAGGAGGGGAAUUCCCCUUCAGUAGCUGCGGACAGCAAUCAACCUACGUCAACAGUGUUAGAGGCACCCGCAUCUACCCCAGCGCCUUCAAUCCCCACGGACAACACACCUGCUCUUGCUGCUGCUACAACACCAACUCCACUAAUGCCCAAGAAGAAUACACUGUCACUACAGUCUUCUGUGGGAACAGAGGACUCGGUGUCGCUUACAGUGCCUCUCGACCAAAACCCGCAAACAUUUGACACGGCCAAGUAUGUGGCCGAACUACGAGCGCAUUGGACCAGUCAGGGUGGCGAUGCUUCCUAUGCCUUGUUGACGAGGGCCUUUGUCCUUGCAAAUGCGACAACCAGUCGUAUCAAAAUAGUCGACACACUGGUAAAUUUCCUACGGCUCCUCAUAGAGGCGGAUCCUUCCAGCCUGUUGCCUGCUGUUUGGUUGGCGACCAAUUCGAUUUCACCACCAUUCGACGAGCUAGAGCUAGGACUCGGUGGAUCAUCUAUCUCCAAAGCUCUGAAGAAAAUAUAUGGUCUCGAUAAUCAAGGAUUGAAGACGCUCUAUGAUAAACACGGAGAUGCUGGAGAUGUUGCCUUUGAGGCCAAGAAGCGCCAAGCGUUCACCCUGGUCAAGCCAAAGCCGUUGAAAAUCACGGGCGUAUAUCAAUCGCUGCUCAAGAUUGCGACGAGCAAGGGAACUGGUAGCCAGGAAAUGAAGCAACGUAUUGUUGAAAAGCUCUUGCAGGAUACACGCGGUGCCGAAGAAAGCCGUUAUAUCGUUCGUACUCUCGUUCAAAAUUUGCGAAUCGGGGCUGUGAAGACGACAAUGCUUAUUGCGCUGGCUCGUGCAUUUCUUUAUUCCAAGCCCACUGGAGCGGAUUUUGAGGUUCUAUCUCAGCAAGAAACUGCGCGUCUGAGAAAAGACGAGCUCGCCGAGAUGUACAGCAACGCCGAAGAAAUUGUCAAGGCGUCAUACGCCCGACAUCCUAAUUAUAAUGAUCUCGUUCCAUGUUUACUGGAGAUUGGCGUGACCGAAGAGCUUCUCAUUCGAUGUGGUCUUGCAUUACACAUUCCUCUCAGGCCCAUGCUGGGUAGUAUCACCCGCGAUCUUUCCGAUAUGUUGACGAAGCUUCAAGGGAGAGACUUUAGCUGCGAGUACAAGUACGACGGUCAACGGGCUCAAGUACAUUGCGAUGAAAAUGGAAAAGUCUCCAUCUUCUCUCGACAUCUUGAGCUCAUGACAGAAAAAUACCCCGAUCUUGUCUCUCUAGUUCCACAAAUCCGCGGCGAAGGAGUGUCCAGCUUUAUUCUAGAAGGGGAAGUGGUGGCUGUGGACCAGGCGACGGGCGAUCUACAGCCCUUCCAAACCCUCACAAACCGAGCAAAAAAGAACGUCGAAAUCGGCACAAUCACUGUUGAUGUGUGUCUAUUUUCCUUCGAUUUAAUGUACCUUAAUGGGGAGCCUCUUUUGGACCGACCAUUCCGCGAACGCCGUGGGCUACUCCGCAGUCUUUUCGUCGAAAUUCCCAACAAAUUCACGUGGGUAAAGAGCAUCGAUGCUACAUCUGUAGACUCGGAAAUUGUUCUAGAGUUCUUCAAGAGCGCAACCGACACGAAAUGCGAGGGUAUAAUGGUCAAAGUCCUCGAUAACACAAUCAAGAUCAACGACCUAAAAGAGUCUACUCAGGCCAUCGACGUCAAGGAUAUUCCAGGUAACACCGAUCAACAAACGGAGCCCUCUGAACCCGCCAAACCAACAAAGGAGAAGAGUAACCGGCGCAAAGCCCUUCUGUCUACCUAUGAGCCAGACAAGCGCCUCGAGUCAUGGUUGAAAGUCAAAAAGGAUUACAGCACCUCCUCCGAAACUCUUGACCUCAUCCCUGUCGCGGGAUGGCACGGCCAAGGCCGCAAAGCAAAAUGGUGGUCCCCGAUUCUUCUCGCGGUCCGAAACCCUGAGUCGGGAGUCUUGGAAGCCGUCACGAAAUGCAUGUCCGGAUUUACGGACAAGUUCUACCAGGCGAAUAAAGACAAAUACACUCAAGGCAGUCCGAACGUCAUCUCGCGUCCUAACUGGGUGCAAUAUUACGGUGAGCCGGAUAUCUGGUUUGAGCCACAGGAGGUUUGGGAGAUGGCCUUUGCAGAUAUUACCCUAAGUCCGACUUACCCUGCGGCUAUUGGACUGGUCAGCGAGGAGCGUGGGCUGAGUCUCCGGUUUCCGAGAUUCCUAAGAGUGCGUGACGACAAGUCGAUCGAAGAGGCGACGACGUCAGAUUACCUGGCUCUUCUAUGGAGGAAACAAGCUGAUCGGACCAAGGAUGCUCCGGAACAGCCUGAGCAGGAGGAGUGA